AUGUCGCACCUUAGACAAGAUUUCAGUGCCCUUCGCAUUCCCUGCACCAAAUCAGGAUGCAACUGCUGGUUCAAGAACAAGUCUGGAUUCACUCAGCAUACGAACGCAGUACAUCCAGUCCUCAACGCUGCACCCUCACACCCAGACCCGUCUCAGCCUGGCCGUUCCCCUUCACCAUUUUACCCAGACCCGUCUCAACGCAGUCGAUCCCCUUCACCUAUCUUUGAUGGACAUCCCAUCGAACACAAUGGUGCCGCCGGUGAAGAGGAUUUACCUGCUGAGUUCUUUGGUGCUGGCGACCACUUGUAUAGAAACUUCCACCCCCACUUAACCGGUCGCACAUGUGAUCCUGAAGGGAAUUUCCUUCCUCCAGGAGCUCCACCCCCACCACUUACAGAAAAAUCACCCAAUGAUUGGACUCCCUACCGUGAUCGGUUGGAAUUCGAGCUUGCUGACUAUAUUUUCUCCAAGAAUCAGACACCCGCAACACAGAUUGACCACCUUCUGGAUAUGUGGGCGGCAUCGCUAAUCCGAGCCGGCGCUGACACAUCAGAAGUAUUAUUCGCAGACCAUCGCGAUGUUUACAAGACGAUUGACAACACGCCUUUGGGCGAUGUCAAAUGGCAGUCGUUCUCCAUCAAAUAUACGGGAGAGCAUCCAGAUGACGGCCCUGCACCCUGGAUGACAGACAGCUAUGAUGUCUGGUUUCGUGAACCUCACGACAUCGUUCGAAACAUGCUUGCCAACCCUGACUAUGCCGCAGAAAUUGAUCUUCGACCUUACCGCGAAUUCGCAACAGAGACAGACGAGCGCCAGUGGCAAGACUUCAUGUCUGGCGACUGGGCGUGGAAUCACGCAGAUCAAAUUGCUGAGGAUCCAGACACACAUGGCUCGACAUUCAUUCCUGUCAUCCUUGGCAGCGACAAAACCACGGUGUCGGUUGCAACCGGGCAGAACGAUUAUUAUCCGCUAUAUGCAUCCAUAGGAAAUGUCCGCAAUAAUGUACGUCGCGCUCACCGCAAUGCGGUCGCCGUUGUUGGAUUUCUAGCAAUGCCGAAGACGACUAAACAGCACGCAAAGACUGCGAUAUUCCGCAAAUUCCAUCGACAACUAUUUCAUUCCUGCCUUUCAUUCAUUCUGAAGAACCUGAAGCCCGCAAUGACCAAGCCCGAAGUCGUACGCUUUGGCGAUGGCCAUUAUCGUCGCGUUAUCUACGGACUUGGCCCUUACAUUGCAGACUAUGAAGAACAAGUUUUGCUCGCGUGUAUAGUCCGAUUUUGGUGUGCAAAAUGUACUUCGAAUAACAAGACCCUCGACGAUGACAAUCUCCUGCGCUCAAGAUUUCAUACCGACACGCUAAUUGAAGAGUGUGACCAUGGGAUGUUAUGGUUCGAGUAUGGAAUUGUCGCUCAACUUGUGCCGUUUACAAACGACUUUCCGCGAGCCGACAUACAUGAGCUCAUUGCCCCAGAUCUCCUCCACCAGAUCAUAAAGGGUGCCUUCAAAGAUCACCUUGUCGCAUGGGUUGAAAAAUACCUUGUGCGGAUGCAUGGACAAGCACGAGCUGAUAUCAUGCUCGACGACAUUGAUCGAAGAAUCGCAGCAGCUCCGGCGUUUUCGGGAUUGCGCAGAUUUCCUCAAGGGCGCAACUUCAAACAGUGGACCGGGGACGACUCAAAAGCGCUUAUGAAGGUAUAUCUACCGGCAAUUGAAGGCUAUGUCCCGACAGAGAUCGUUCGCACAUUCCGUGCUCUCCUCGAAUUCUGCCACCUUGUCUGUCGGAACGUCAUCACGGAGACAACUCUCAAAGAGAUCGAUGACGCGGUCGUUCGAUUCCAUCACUACCGCGAAAUCUUCAAGUCUUCUGGGACAAUUCCGACCUUUUCACUCCCUCGACAACAUUCAAUCAAACACUACCACACCCUCAUUCGACUUUUCGGAGCCCUGAAUGGACUUUGUUCCUCGAUAACAGAAUCCAAGCAUAUCAAGGCCGUUAAGGAACCGUGGAGACGGUCCAAUCGUUACAAAGCCCUAGGCCAGAUGCUCGUGACGAACCAACGCUUAGAUAAGUUGACUGCAUCACGUCAAGAUUUUCACGCUCGUGGGAUGCUUAACGGCUCCUGCCUAACUUCUGUUCUUACUGCGCUGAACCAACAAGCCCCCAUGGAACAACUCGAUUCAGACCAACACGUGCCGCCUGUCUUGUCAGACGCUGGAGCAGAUGGAAACGAAGACUUUGAGGUCAUCGACGACCCUACAUCAGUCCUCGCACACGUAGAACUCGCUAAGACACCACAAGGGACAAAACGUGCACGAAGCAUUCCAGAGCUUAGCGCUGAGCUCAACAUCCCCGACUUGCCCGACCUCGUUCGAUGGUUCCUGUUCGAACAGUCCAAUCCUGACGAUGCUCGCGACCCUACCAACGUCCCUCUCCUAGAGUCCCCGCACUAUCGAGGUCGAAUUUCUGUGUUUAAUUCUGCAUCGUCCACGUUUCACGCACCCAGCGAUCUCAGCGGAAUUGGUGGCAUGAAACGCGAACAUAUACGUGCAUGUCCCUUAUGGAGAAACGAGCACGCCCGCAAUGAUUGCGUCUUCGUGAUCACUAACUCAGAUGUUCACGGGAUGCGGGGAAUGGAUGUAGCCCGCGUUAUGGCAUUCUUCUCUCUUCGCCAGAAUGCCAGACGUGUUCCGUGCGCCGUGGUCCGUUGGUUUAAUAGGGUUGGUGACGCGCCUGAUCCUGACACUGGCAUGUGGAUGGUCAAGCCAGCUUUCACAGCGAAUCACACCCCACACUUCGCAGUGAUUCAUAUUGACACUAUUUUUCGUGCAGCUCACUUAAUUCCGGUUUUUGGCACAACCCCCCUCCCACCAUCAAUCACAUUCCAUCACACCCUUGACAUAUUCAAACUAUACUAUGUAAACAAGUUCGCGGACCACCACGCAUUCGAGAUCGCGUCUUAG